AUGGCAGCCCCAGGGGUAGAUCGGGAGGCGCCAGGCGUCCGGGAAGUCCCGACCCUUCGCCUAACCGCGGGCGCCAGCCUGGAGGAGGAGGAGGAGGGGGAAGAAGAGGAGGCGGUGGCGGCCAGGAGAGCGCGGAGUUUCGCCCGAGACGCGCGGGUGCGCUUCCUCGGCAGCCGCCUGGAGCAGAUGCUGGGGCUCCUGGCGGAGAAGUGGAGGCAGUAUUUGGAGAGCGCGGACAACCGGCAGGUCCUGGGGGAGUUUCUGGACAGCCCCAGCCCCGCCUGCCUCGUGUUCAGCGUCGGCGCAGCGGGGCGGCUGGCGGCCUCCCGGGAGAUUCCAAGAGAUGCAAAACAUAAACUUGUUUAUAUUGUCAAGAAGAUUACUGAAAGCACUGGAGUAAAUGACUUCUUUCAAACAGUUUUAUUUGGAGAGAUACCCGCCUCAUCUCUUGGACAUGUAACUGCUUUCCUAGACGAGAUUUUAGUGCCGGUUCUUUCUAAUAGGAACAACCAUAAAUCCUGGUCCUGUUUUGUUUCACAAGACAUGGAACGUCACAUAGAAGCCAUGAAGCAUCAAAUGCAUAUUUUUAGGGGUAAAAUGUUGAGAAGAACUCUCCUACCAAUUCCCACCAUUGUGGGAAAAAUGGACCUGGAUCAGAAGUCUCCAGAGACCGAGCUAGAGCCAAAUGAAAGGGCAGUGCUCCAUGCCAUUGAAUCCGUGGUCAUUAAAUGGUCACAUCAAAUCCAGAAAGUUAUAGAAGAGGAUUCAGUGCAGCCUCUGCUGAAUGGUCUUCACGUGAACCCUCAAGCUGAACUGGAUUUCUGGACGAUGAGGAGAGAGAACCUAUCAUGCAUUUAUGAUCAACUUCAGGCUCCUACUGUCCUCAAAAUGGUUAAGAUCCUGAAAACUAAACGAAGCAGCUAUUUCCCAACUUUGAAGGACAUUUUCAUGGCUGUGAAAAAUGCUCUCCUCGAAGCCCGGGACGUGGAACUCCACCUGCGCCCGCUGCGGAGACACCUGCAGCGCCUCCAGGCGGCGGGAUUCGCGCAGGCCCGCGGGCUGAUCGCCCCGCUGUUUCACACCAUCUGUCUCACGUGGAGCCGCUCCGGCUUUUACAGUUCCCCCGCUCGGGCGGUGGUCCUGCUGCGAGAGUUCUGUAAUCUCUUCAUCGACCAGGCAACAGCUUACCUUUCACCCGAAGACCUUCUGAAAGGAGAAAUUGAAGACUCCCUGGAAAAGGUGCAGGUGGCCAUUAACAUCUUGAAGACUUUCAAAAAUUCUUUCUUCAACUGCAGAAAAGGACUGGCGAACUAUUUUAUGGGAAACAAGGAGGUGAAACCCUGGGAUUUCCAGUCUCAUCUGGUGUUCUGUAGAUUUGACAAAUUUCUCGACCAUUUCAUGAAAAUAGAGGAUAUAUUUGUCACCAUAUUGGAAUUUGAAAAGCUGGAGAGACUUGAAUUUGGUGGUACCAAGGGAGCAAUUUUAAAUGGACAAAUCUACAAGAUGAAUGAAGAAUUUACGGAACUCUGUAAAAUGUUUAAACAGAGCACUUAUGACCCUUCUGAUUACAGUAACAUGGAAUUUGAAAGAGAUUAUGGCGUGUUUAAGUCCAAAGCUUUGGAUUUUGAGAGAAGGCUUGGGGCAAUUCUUUGCGAAGCUUUCUUUGACUGCAAUGGUUUGGAAGCUGCAUUCAAGCUUUUGACCAUAUUUGGGAAUUUUCUAGAGAAACCAGUUGUCAUGGAAAUUUUCAGCCCCCAUUACAGCACCCUGGUGCGCAUGUUUAAUGCCGAGUUGGACAUGUGUAAGCAGUUGUACAACGAACACAUGAGACAGAUUGAAUGUGGAAAUGUGGUUCUUAACAAGAACAUGCCGUUUGCCUCGGGAAACAUCAAGUGGGCCGAAGAGAUCUUGGAACGACUUCAGACGUUCUGGUCAAGCUUUGCGUCCCUCCGGCACCUAUUCUCAGAGAUUCCUGAUGAUGCCCUAGUUCACCAGAAGUACGUUGAAAUGACAACUCUACUAGACCAAUUUGAAAAUCGUAUCUAUAAUGAAUGGAAAAAUAAUGUGGAUGAAAUCUGUGAAUUCAAUUUGAAUCAACCCUUGGUUAAAUUCAGUGCCAUAAAUGGUCUUCUCAGUGUCAACUUUGACCCAAAGCUAGUGGCUGUCUUGAGGGAAGUGAAAUACCUCUUGAUGUUGAAGAAGUCAGACAUACCGGAUUCAGCUUUAGCCCUCUUCAAAAAGAGAGACACUAUUUUAAAGUACACAGGACAUCUUGAACUUCUUGUGCAAGCCUAUAAUAAGCUGAAACGGUCUCUCCUGGAAGUCGAAUACCCUCUGGUCGAAGACGAGCUGAGGGCGGUGGAUGAGCAACUGCAAGCAGCCACCACCUCGCUGACGUGGCAGGGUGACUGCUGGGGGUACAUCGAGAGGGUGAGAACGGCCACCUCGGAGCUGGAGCGCAGAGUGGAGCUCACGCAGAACAACGUGCAAGCCAUCCAGCACACCGUGAGGGCUUGGGCUGAGUGCACGCUGCUGCCCAGGAGGGAGCCCAGCAGGGAGCCCAGCAGGGAGCCCGCCUUCCCGCUGGAGGACAGGGCGGGUCUGUUCACCAAGAGGUACAAGCUCAUCCAGGAAGACGGCUGCAAGAUACACAGCCUGGUGGAGGAAAACAGGCAGCUCUUCGGGGCCAACCCUUCUCUGGAUUCCUGGAAGAUGUAUGUGGAAUUCAUCGAUGACAUCGUGGUAGAAGGCUUUUUUCAAGCCAUAAUGCAUGACUUAGACUUCUUUCUGAUGAACACGGAGAAGCAGUCCAAACCGGCACCAUUUUUUCAAGCACAGAUGAUCUUAACGCCCCCUGAGAUUCUGUUUAAACCUUCUCUAGAAAGAGAGGCUGGGGAUGGCUUCUAUGACCUGGUAGAGGAAAUGCUGUGCAAUAGUUUUAGGAUGUCCGCCCAGAUGACGCGAGUAGCAACACACCUGGGAAUAGCAAAUUAUCAGAAUGACAUGGAUGACAUGUUAGGCCUGGCAGAGGUCAGGCAGGAGAUAAUGAACAGAGUGGCAGGUGUCAUCAGCAAAGUCUUGGACUUCAGAAAUACCUUGGACACAUACGCUUACCUCUGGGUGGACGACCAGGCUGAGUUUAUGAAGCAUUUUCUUCUGUAUGGACAAACUGGGUCAUCUGAAGAAAUGGAUGCUCAUGCAAAUGAAGAGAUCCCUGAACGGCCACCAACCCUGGAACAAUUCAAGGAACAGAUUGAUGUUUAUGAGGCUUUGUAUGCUCAGAUGAGCAAGUUCGACGACUUCAGAGUGUUUGAUAGUUGGUUCAAGGUGGACAUGAAGCCUUUCAAAGUGAGCUUGCUCAACAUUAUUAGGAAAUGGAGCUGGAUGUUUCAGGAGCAUCUUUUGAGAUUUGUCACCGACAGUCUGAAUGAGCUACAGGAAUUUAUAAAGGAGACAGACAGUGGACUUCAGAGAGAAGUAAGUGAAGGCGAUCGCGAUGGUCUGGUUGACAUCAUGGGGCAUCUUCUGGCUGUGAGAAGCCGACAGAGAGCUACUGAUGAACUCUUUGAGCCGCUAAAAGAAACCAUCACUCUCUUAGAAACCUAUGGGCAGAAGAUGCCUGAGCAAGUCUACAUUCAGCUAGAGGAGUUACCUGAAAGAUGGGAAACUACCAAAAAGCUUGCCGCAGUGGUCCGGCACGAAGUGUCCCCUCUCCAAAACGCAGAAGUCGCUCUCAUAAGGAAAAGAUGUACUUUGUUUGAGGGGAAGCAGGCCGAGUUCAGACAGAGGUUCAGACUCCAAGCUCCUUUCGGCUUUCACGCGGAGAAUCCCUACGCGGCGCUCGACAAGGCAAACCAGGAGCUUGAGGCAUUGGAAGAAGAAAUGUCACAGAUGCAGGAGGUGACUCGUCUUUUUGAGGUGGCUCCUCCGGAGCACAGACACAUGGGGCAGUGCCGCAGGGAAAUGACGCUGCUCAAGGGACUCUGGGAUGUCACUGUUUAUGUUAAAAGAAGCAUUGAUAAUUGGACCAAAACCCAGUGGAGACAGAUUAAUGUGGAACAGAUGGGUGCAGAACUCCGAAGGUUUGCCAAGGAAAUCUGGUCCCUGGACAGGGAAGUCCGUGUCUGGGAUGCGUAUGCAGGCCUGGAGAGCACAGUGAGGGACAUGACAACCUCCCUGAGCGCUGUCGCCGAGUUACAGAGCCCUGCCCUCAGAGCCCGGCAUUGGCUCCAGCUCAUGCAGGCCACUGGGGUCACGUUUUCAAUAAGCGAAGCCACAACCUUGGCAGACUUACUAGCCCUGCAGUUGUACCAGAUGGAAGACGAGAUCCGAAGCAUCGUGGACAAAGCAUUGAAAGAACUGGGGACUGAAAAGGUUUUAACUGAAAUCAGUGUGACCUGGGAGACCAUGGAGUUUUCCUACGAAGUUCACUAUCGGACAGGCAUUCCGUUACUCAAGUCUGAUGAACAACUCUUUGAAACUCUAGAGCACAACCAAGUUCAGUUGCAGAGUCUGCUCCAAAGCAAGUAUGUGGAAUACUUCAUUGAGCAAGUCUUACGCUGGCGAAAUAAGCUAAACCUGGCAGACUCAGUCAUCUCUACCUGGAUGGAAGUCCAGCGGACUUGGUGUCACCUGGAAAGCAUCUUUGUUUGUUCAGAAGAUAUUCAAAUCCAGCUUGUGAAAGACGCUAGAAGAUUCGAUGGAGUAAAUGCUGAAUUUAAGGAGUUAAUGUUCAAGACAGCUAAAAUAAAAAAUGUUUUAGAAGCAACAUGCCAGCCUAAUCUCUAUGAAAAACUUAAAGAUUUACAGUACAGGCUUUCUCUUUGUGAAAAAGCUCUCGCCGAACACCUGGAAACCACGCGUGUGGCUUUUCCACGCUUCUAUUUCGUCUCCUCCGCAGACUUAAUUGACAUUCUCUCCAAGGGAGCUCAGCCUAAACAGGUGACACGCCACCUUUCCAAACUCUUCGACAGCAUCGCAGACCUGCAGUUUGAAGACGAUCAGGAUGUUUCUGCCCACAGAGCAACCGGCAUGUCCAGCAAAGAGAAGGAGUGUGUCCCCUUCCAAGCGGAGUGUGACUGCGUAGGCCACGUGGAAACGUGGCUUCUGAAACUUGAACAGACCAUGCAAGAAACAGUGCGGCAUUCUAUCACGGAAGCCGUAGCGGCCUAUGAGGAGAAGCCUAGGGAACUGUGGAUUUUCGAUUUCCCAGCUCAAGUUGCGCUGACCAGCUCACAAAUCUGGUGGACGACGGACGUAGAAAUAGCCUUCAGCCGACUGCAGGAAGGCUAUGAAACGGCCCUAAAGGAUUUCCAUAAAAAACAGAUUUCUCAGUUGAACGCACUGAUUGCACUUCUGCUGGGCGAUCUCCUGCCUGGAGACAGACAGAAGAUUAUGACGAUCUGCACCAUAGACGUCCACGCCAGAGAUGUGGUGGCGAAGCUUAUUUCUCAGAAGGUUGUCAGUCCCCAAGCUUUUGCUUGGCUGUCUCAACUUCGUCACCACUGGGAGGACUCCCAGAAACACUGUUUUGUUCAUAUUUGUGAUGCCCAGUUCCAGUACUUCUAUGAAUAUUUAGGAAACAGUCCUCGACUCGUGAUCACUCCUCUAACUGACAGGUGUUACAUUACUCUAACUCAGUCACUUCGCCUGACCAUGGGUGGGGCUCCAGCUGGCCCCGCGGGUACCGGGAAAACCGAAACCACCAAAGACCUUGGACGUGCUCUCGGCAUGAUGGUUUAUGUGUUCAACUGCUCAGAGCAGAUGGACUACAAAUCCAUAGGGAGCAUCUACAAGGGAUUGGUGCAGACAGGAGCCUGGGGCUGCUUUGAUGAGUUCAAUCGGAUUUCUGUGGAAGUUCUGUCCGUGGUGGCUGUACAAGUGAAAACGAUACACGAUGCCAUCAGAGAGAGGAAGAAGAGAUUUGUGUUUCUUGGGGAAGCUGUCACACUGAAGGCAUCGGUUGGAAUAUUUAUUACUAUGAACCCGGGAUACGCUGGUCGAACCGAACUACCGGAAAAUCUCAAAGCUCUCUUCAGACCCUGUGCCAUGGUGGCCCCUGACAUUGAGCUGAUCUGUGAAAUCAUGCUCGUGGCUGAGGGUUUCGUGGGCGCGCGCUCGUUAGCCCGCAAGUUCGUCACACUGUACACGCUCUGCGGGGAGCUGCUCUCCAAGCAGGAUCAUUAUGACUGGGGACUCCGGGCUAUUAAAUCUGUGUUGGUUGUAGCUGGCUCCCUGAAACGAGGAGACAAAAACAGACCCGAAGACCAGGUACUCAUGAGAGCAUUAAGGGACUUCAACAUGCCUAAAAUAGUGACCGACGACAUCCCUGUGUUCCUGGGCCUGGUUGGUGACCUGUUUCCAGCCCUGGACGUGCCCCGGAGGAGGGCACCGCUCUUGGAGCAGAUGGUCCGGCAGUCCACCCUGGAGCUCCGCCUGCAGCCCGAGGAGAGCUUCAUCCUCAAAGUCGUCCAGCUGGAGGAGCUCCUGGCCGUGCGGCACUCCGUCUUCGUGGUGGGAAACGCGGGCACGGGCAAGAGCGAGAUUUUGAGAACACUGAACCGAACAUAUGUUAACAUGCAACGAAAACCCAUUUGGAAUGACUUAAACCCUAAAGCUGUGACAACAGAUGAACUCUUUGGUUUCAUGCAUCACGCUACCCGAGAAUGGAAAGAUGGCAAAAUUGUUUGCUCUUAAUUUAUAGGUCUCUUCUCGUCCAUUCUGCGAGAACAAGCAAAUCUUAUUCAUGAUGGACCAAAAUGGAUAGUCCUGGAUGGCGAUAUUGAUCCCAUGUGGAUUGAAUCACUAAAUACUCUCAUGGAUGACAACAAGGUGCUGACCUUGGCCAGCAACGAGCGCAUAGCCCUUACUCCCUCCAUGCGGCUGCUCUUUGAGACCCACCACUUAAGGACAGCAACCCCGGCCACUGUUUCCAGAGCGGGAAUUCUGUAUGUGAACCCACAAGAUCUGGGCUGGAAUCCGUAUGUGGCCAGUUGGAUAGAGAGAAGGCGGCAUCAAUCAGAAAAGGCCAAUUUAACGAUUCUUUUUGAUAAAUACGUCCCUGCGUGCUUGGAUAAGCUGAGGACAAGCUUUCAAACCGUCACUUCGAUCCCAGAGAGCAGCCUGGUGCAGACUCUUUGCGCUCUCCUGGAAUGCUUGUUGACUCCGGAAAAUGUACCUUCCGACAGCCCAAAAGAAGUCUAUGAGGUCUAUUUUGUCUUCGCCUGUAUCUGGGCCUUCGGAGGCACUCUGCUACAAGAUCAGCCUUCUGGUUAUCAAGCUGAAUUCAGUCGGUGGUGGCAUAAAGAUAUGAGCGCAGUGAAGUUUCCCUCUCAGGGGACAAUCUUUGAUUAUUACCUGGACCACAGUACCAAGAAAUUUCUGCCUUGGACCGAGAAAAUCCCCAGAUUCACUCUGGAUCCAGAGGUACCUCUGCAGGUAGUCCUGGUUCACACAUCAGAGACAACACGUCUUAGGUAUUUCAUCGAGUUGUUGCUUGAGAAAGGACAGCCGCUGAUGCUCGUAGGAAAUGCUGGAGUGGGGAAAACAGUCCUUGUAGGGGACGUGCUGGCCGGUCUCUCUGAGGACUACAUGGUGUCCCGCGUGCCUUUCAACUACCACACCACGUCCGCAGCUCUGCAGGGAAUUCUUGAGAAACCUCUAGAGAAAAAAGCUGGUCGCAACUAUGGCCCAGGAGGAAAUAAAAAAUUGGUUUACUUUAUUGACGACAUGAAUAUGCCGGCCGUGGACGCGUAUGGCACCAUUCAGCCCCACACGCUGAUUCGACAGCACAUUGACUAUGGACAUUGGUAUGAUAGGCAGAAGGCGACGCUUAAAGAAAUCCACAGCUGUCAGUACGUGGCCUGCAUGAACCCGACAGUGGGCAGUUUCACAAUCAAUCCGAGACUCCAGAGACAUUUCACAGUGUUUGCAUUCAACUUUCCAUCCUUGGAUUCUCUAAACACCAUCUACAGCCAAAUCCUUAGUUCCCAUUUCCAGCAGGAUGCAUUUGGUCCGUCCGUUCUCAGGAGCAGCCCCACACUGAUCCAGGCAGCGAUCGCGGUCCAUGAGAUGAUGGUACAUCACUUCUUACCCACGGCUGUUCGAUUCCACUACCUCUUUAACCUGAGAGACCUGUCGAACAUCUUCCAGGGGAUUUUAUUUGCUUCUCCUGAAUGUCUGAAGGGUUCAGAUGAUUUAAUACGCCUGUGGCUUCACGAAUCUUCUCGCGUCUAUGGAGACAAGCUGAUAGACACAAAGGACUGUGAUUUGUUUCAGAAGAAAAUGCUGGAAAUAGCCUGUAAAUGUUUUGAAGGUGUAGACCGCCAGGUCCUGCUUCAGCAGCCUCUCAUCUAUUGCCACUUCACCGGCGGAGGGGGACAGCCGAGCUACCUGCCGGUGAGGGACUGGGAGGUGCUGGAGGCAGUCCUCACAGAGACGCUGGACCACUACAAUGAGCUGCACGCGGCCAUGCACCUCGUCUUAUUCGAAGACGCCAUGCACCACGUAUGCCGCAUCAGCCGCAUCCUCCGGACCCCGCAGGGCUGUGCCCUCUUGAUCGGAGUGGGCGGCAGCGGCAAGCGGAGCCUGGCCCGGCUGGCAGCUUACAUCUGCGGCCUGGAGGUCUUCCCGCCCACUCUGACCGAAGGCUUUGGGAUCCAAGAACUGCGGGUAGAUCUCGCCAAUUUGUACAUCAGAGCCGGAGCCAGGAACAUGCCCACUGUGUUCCUGCUGACAGAUGCCCAGGUUCUAGAUGAGAGCUUUCUCGUGCUGAUUAAUGACUUGCUGGCAUCAGGAGACAUCCUAGAUCUCUUCAGCAAUGAGGAUGUGGACAAGAUUAUUUCUGGAAUUCGUAACGAAGUGCAUGUUCUGGGCAUGGUGGACUCCAGAGAAAACUGUUGGCAGUUCUUCUUGGCCAGGGUGCGACGACAGCUCAAAAUCAUUUUGUGCUUCUCUCCAGUUGGUCGCACGCUGAGAGUUAGAGCUCGGAAGUUCCCAGCCAUAGUUAACUGCGCGGCUAUUGACUGGUUUCAUGCAUGGCCGCAGGAGGCUCUGGCCUCAGUCAGCAGGAGGUUCAUUGAGGACAUCAAGGGGAUUGAGCCCCGGGACAAAGAUUCUAUUAGCUUUUUCAUGACACACGCUCACACCAGCGUCAAUGAAAUGAGUACCAAGUAUUACCAAAACGAGAGAAGAUACAACUAUACCACCCCAAAGAGUUUUCUGGAACAAAUAUCCCUGUUUAAGAACCUGUUGAAGAAGAGACAAGAUGAGGUAUCUCAGAAGAAAGAGCACUUGGUGAACGGCAUUCAGAAGCUGAAAUCCACAGCCUCUCAGGUGGGAGAUCUUAAAGCCAGACUUGCCUCUCAAGAAGCCGAGUUGCAACUGAGAAAUCAGGAUGCCGAAACUCUGAUCACCAAGAUCGGGCUCCAGACGGAGAAAGUGAGCCGGGAAAAGGCCACCGCAGAUGCCGAGGAGCAAAAGGUGACAGCCAUUCAGACCGAAGUGUCCCAGAAACAGAAAGAGUGUGAGGCCGACUUGCUCAAGGCGGAGCCCGCGCUGGUGGCGGCGACGGCUGCGCUCAACACACUCAACAGGGUCAAUCUCACUGAGCUGAAAGUCUUCCCCAACCCUCCCAAUGCGGUUACCAACGUCACCGCGGCUGUGAUGGUCCUGCUGGCUCCCCGGGGCCGAGUGCCGAAAGACCGAAGUUGGAAAGCAGCUAAAGUCUUCAUGGGAAAGGUUGAUGAUUUUUUGCAAGCAUUAAUUAACUACGACAAAGAGCACAUUCCAGAGAACUGUCUAAAAGUGGUGAAUGAACAGUAUUUGAAAGACCCAGAGUUCAAUCCAAGCCUGAUUCGGACCAAAUCUUUUGCAGCCGCUGGUCUCUGUGCCUGGGUCAUCAACAUCAUUAAAUUCUAUGAGGUCUACUGCGACGUGGAACCCAAACGCCAAGCGUUAGCCCAAGCAAACUUAGAAUUGGCUGCAGCUACUGAAAAACUAGAAGCUAUCCGGAAAAAGCUUGUGGAUCUGGAUCAAAAUCUGAGCCGACUCACAGCUUCAUUUGAAAAAGCAACAGCGGAGAAAGUUCGGUGUCAAGAAGAGGUGAACCAGACGAACAGAACCACUGAACUGGCGAACAAACUCGUCAAGGAACUCGAGUCUGAGAAGAUCCGCUGGGGUCAGUCUAUUAAAUCCUUGGAAGCUCAAGAGAAGACACUCUGUGGAGACGUUCUCCUUAUGGCCGCCUUUGUGUCUUACGUCGGCUCCUUUACAAAACAGUAUCGUCAGGAACUGGUAGACUGCAAGUGGGUCCCCUUUCUUCAGCAGAAGGUUUCAAUCCCAGUAACCGAAGGCCUGGACAUGAUCGCCCUGUUGACGGACGAAGCUACCGUUGCCGCCUGGAGUAACGAGGGACUGCCCGGUGACAGGACGUCAGCCGAGAACGCGGCCAUCCUCACGCACUGCGAGCGCUGGCCCCUGCUGGUCGAUCCCCAGCAGCAGGGGAUCAAGUGGAUCAAGAAGAAGUACGGGGCUGACCUGAAAGUCACGCAGCUGGGCCAGAAAGGGUUUCUGAAUGUCAUUGAAACCGCUCUGGCCUUCGGUGAUGUCAUCUUAAUUGAAAACCUCGAGGAAAUGGUGGACCCUGUCCUUGAUCCACUGCUCGGCAGGAACACGAUUAAAAAGGGAAAGUAUAUCAGGAUUGGAGAUAAAGAAUGUGAGUUUAACAAGAACUUCCGUCUUCUCCUUCACACAAAACUGGCGAAUCCUCACUAUAAACCAGAAUUGCAAGCUCAGACAACCCUCCUCAAUUUCACGGUCACCGAAGACGGUCUGGAAGCCCAGCUGCUGGCAGAGGUGGUCAGCAUUGAAAGGCCAGAUUUGGAGAAACUCAAGUUGGUUUUGACAAAGCACCAGAAUGACUUUAAGAUCGAGCUGAAGUAUCUGGAGGACGAACUCCUUCUGCGCCUCUCUGCGGCGGAGGGGAGCUUUCUAGACGACACCAAACUGGUAGAGAGACUGGAGACGACGAAGACGACAGCCGCAGAGAUAGCGCACAAGGUGACUGAAGCUAAAGAAAAUGAGAAGAAAAUCAACGAGGCCCGAGAAUGUUACAGACCAGUGGCUGCACGAGCAUCUCUUCUGUAUUUUGUAAUUAACGACCUCAGAAAAAUCAACCCCAUCUAUCAGUUCUCUUUGAAGGCUUUCAGUGUCCUGUUCCACAGAGCCAUCGAGCAGGCUGACAAGGUGGAGGACACGCAGGGGCGCCUCUCGGCCCUCACGGAGAGCAUAACCCACGCCAUCUUCGUCUACACCAGCCAGGCGUUGUUUGAGAAGGACAAGCUCACCUUCCUGUCCCAGAUGGCUUUUCAGAUUUUGUUGAGAAAGAAGGAGAUAGACCCUUUAGAGUUGGAUUUCCUGCUUCGGUUCACAGUUGAACACACUCACUUGAGUCCUGUCGACUUCCUAACUACUCAGUCGUGGAGUGCCAUUAAGGCAGUAGCCCUUAUGGAAGAGUUUCGAGGCAUAGACCGAGACGUGGAAGGAUCUGCCAAGCAGUGGAGGAAGUGGGUGGAAUCCGAGUGUCCAGAGAAAGAAAAGUUACCGCAAGAAUGGAAGAAGAAGAGUUUAAUUCAGAAGCUGAUUAUUUUGAGAGCACUGCGCCCUGACAGGAUGGCAUACGCUCUCAGGAAUUUUGUGGAGGAAAAACUGGGUGCAAAGUACGUGGAGAGGACCAGACUGGAUUUAGCUAAAGCCUUUGAGGAAAGCAGCCCUGCCACCCCCGUGUUCUUCAUCCUGUCUCCAGGGGUAGAUGCCCUCAAAGACCUGGAGACCCUGGGCAGGAGACUCGGGUUCACAAUCGACUCAGGAAAAUUCCACAACGUGUCUUUAGGACAAGGUCAGGAGACGGUGGCAGAAAUGGCACUGGAGAAGGCUUCCCAAGAGGGACACUGGGUCCUCCUCCAAAAUGUCCAUUUGGUAGCCAAGUGGCUGGGAACCUUGGAGAAACUCCUUGAAAGAUUCAGCCAAGGAAGCCACAGAGAUUACAGGGUGUUCAUGAGCGCCGAGGCUGCACCUACACCAACUGAGCAUAUCAUCCCUCAAGGGCUCCUGGAAAAUUCCAUUAAGAUCACUAAUGAACCUCCUACAGGAAUGCUGGCCAAUUUACAUGCCGCUCUCUACAACUUUGAUCAGGAUACACUUGAAGCGUGCUCCAAGGAGCAGGAGUUCAAAAGCCUCCUCUUUGCUCUGUGCUAUUUCCACGCCUGCGCGGCUGGGAGGCGGAGGUUCGGCCCCCAGGGCUGGAGCCGCAGCUAUCCCUUCGGUCCCGGAGACCUCGCCAUCUGUGCCGAUGUCCUCUACAACUACUUAGAGGCAAGCCCCAGCGUCCCAUGGGAAGACCUCCGGUAUCUUUUUGGUGAGAUCAUGUAUGGGGGCCACAUCACAGAUGAUUGGGAUCGCAAACUGUGUCAGGUGUAUUUAGAAGAAUUCAUCAAUCCAUCUCUGGUUGAAGAUGAACUUAUGCUGGCACCAGGAUUUGCAGCGCCACCUAAUCUAGACUACUCGGGCUACCACCAGUACAUAGAGGAGAUGCUUCCUCCAGAAAGCCCCGCGCUGUACGGCCUCCACCCAAACGCCGAGAUCGAAUUCCUGACAGUGACGGCCCACACUCUCUUCAGAACCUUGCUGGAGAUGCAGCCCCGGAAGGCACUGGGCAGUGAGGAGCAGGCGCAGGCCGCAGAAGACAAGGUUAAGAACAUCUUGGAUGACAUUUUGGAAAAACUCCCAGAAGAGUUCAACAUGGUAGAGAUCACGCAAAAAACCACAAACAGAAGCCCCUAUGUUCUUGUUUGCUUCCAAGAAUGUGAGAGGAUGAAUCUCCUCCUCCGGGAAAUCCGUGGGUCACUGCAGCAGUUGGAGCUUGGCUUGAAGGGGGAGCUGACCUUAUCUCCUUCUGUGGAAGCCCACCAGUCCGCCCUGGGUUAUGACACGGUACCGGACACUUGGAGCAAACUGGCGUAUCCAUCUACCUACGGCCUGGCCCAGUGGUUUAAUGACCUCCUUCUGCGAUGCCGAGAGCUGGAUACCUGGACCCAAGAUCUCGCCCUUCCGGCGGUGGUGUGGCUCUCUGGCCUCUUCAACCCCCAGUCUUUCUUAACUGCAGUCAUGCAGGCCACGGCUCGAAAACACGCGUGGCCACUGGAUAAAAUGUGCUUGACAGUUGACGUGACCAAAAAAACCAAGGAAGAAUACGGUCACCCCCCAAGGGAAGGCGCGUAUCUGCACGGGCUCUUCAUGGAAGGAGCGAGAUGGGACACCCAGGCAGGGAGCAUCGCCGAAGCCCAUCUCAAGGAGCUGACGUCGGCGAUGCCUGUCAUCUGCGUCAAGGCCAUACCCGUGGAGAGACAGGAAACCAAGCACACCUACGCGUGCCCUGUGUUCAAGACCAAAAUGAGGGGCCCCAACUACGUCUGGACCUUCCGGCUGAGGAGCCAAGAGAAGACGGCCAAGUGGGUCCUGGCAGGCGUGGCUCUGCUGCUGGAGGCGUAG